AUGCAGAGAACACUACAAUCCCUAGAUCUUGGCCGACAUCAAGAUCUAGCGCGGCUAACACGCCCGUACACCCUCCUCAUAACCAUUCCUAUAGAACCCGGCUCAGCAACUACAAUCAGCUACUGGGCACCGCCUGAAUUCCAACCACAUCACUUUCAGCUCCGUACGACCCUGAAGCCAGCUCAGAUCCAACUCGUCCAAUCCCAUGAAGAUCAUGGCAUCGUGCGCAUUGCAGCCCGCGAACCUGAUCUCGCAAACUUCUUCCACAAAAAACUUGAGCACCUCCAGACGUCCUCGCACGAUGCAAAUAUGGUCUCAAAGCUCGUCGCCAAUCUGCGGUGCGAAGAGGUGAACGAGGAAGCCGCGCUUCAUAUCUUCAGCAUCCAAAUCUUGGGCGACGAAAGCGGGAAUCUUGUUCCAGAGGGCUGUAGUUUGUUGUGGAAAUGGGCCAAAGAGCAGAGUCCGUAUCGUAAGUCGGGGUCUUGGGAUCAUAGGCUGGUUCAGGUGUUGGUGGAUGCGGAAUGGACGGCGGGGAAAAAUAUUGUAAUUUUGGCAAAAGGCGUGGAUGAGGAGGAGUAUGAGAGGGUGGUGAAGGGGGCAAUCAAAUCCUAG